AUGGCCUCCAGCGAAUUACUGAAGCAAAUUCAGGCAGGGAAAAGGCUGAAGAAGAUCGAAACGAAUGACCGCAGUGCGCCUGCCGUUGAAGCACCAAAGGGAGGCAUAGGAGGAGGGAGAUCAGGAGGUGCUGGAGCACCAGCAAUUCCGCUGGCGUCCUCGGCGUCGUCUGGACCUCCGCAACUAGGUGGCUUAUUCGCCGGAGGCAUCCCCAAGCUGAAGCCUGCUGGUCAGAACCAUUUAGGAAAACCUCCCGCGCUGGGUAAACCACCCUCAAUACCGAAACGAAAUGGUGUCUCUUCAGCACCCGCGGCACCUCCCCCUCCUCCGAAUAGGCCUGUUUCUGGCCGACCGCGUGCCCCAUCUCCUCCAGCUGCAGCGACUCCUCUGAGCCGUCCUGCACCAACACCCCCUUCCAGGACAGUGCCCGUCCCUGUUGCCAGCGCCCCUACACCGCCUCGCAGAGCACCUCCUCCCGUUGUGAGGAACAGUGCGUCGCCUGCCGUUCCUCCACCAAUUCCCCGUCGUGGUACUUCUCCCCCGGCGGUAACGCGUGGCGUCGCACACAGUAAAUCGUUCCAUUCUCCCCCAGUUCUUCCGCAUCGGAAACUACCACACCCUCCCGCCGCAGGAGGUAGAGCUCCUCCGCCACCUCCUCCGAGGCCGUCUAGUCUGCAUCCACAUAAUGGGAGCGCACACGCGAAGCCUGCGCGCGCAGUUCCUCCUCCGCCUCCAACGAGGCGAGGUAGCAGCAAUGGCUUAGCUCCUCCUCCACCUCCUAUACGCCUUCGUGUUCAUUCCAAUGCAGAGGUACCUACCAAAACUCCUUCACCUCCAAACCCUCCUUCGCCCCCAGCGAGGCGAGGUAGUAGCAAUGGCUUAGCCCCUCCUCCACCUCCUAUACGCCUUCGUGUUCAUUCCAAUGCAGAGGUACCUACCAAAACUCCUUCACCUCCACCCCUUCCGCCUCCAGGGCCUCCUCCACGCAACACACAAGCUCCGCCAGCUCCAGGCCCUCCUCCAUUACGGAGCACUCUUGCACCACCAAUAGCGCCUCCGCCGCCUCCUGGACCCUCUCCAGUAAGCUCCCGAAUGCACUCUGGUUCCAGCGUUCACCCGCAUGGAGGUGUACCUAUGUUCGGCGCUGCUGCUGGCAGUGUGCUCUCAGGCGUCCCCUCCAAUGUCAAUGGGACGAUCUCCGUUCGCCGUAAGAUACCUACGCCUCCUCCAAACGCGGGCCCACACACUUUUCCUGUGACAAGUUUUCCGCCACCUCGACCGUUCAAUCCUAGUGUGAAACGAUACGGGGGAGGCCGGGAGAAAGGAAGUGACUUUGACCUUGGAACGUUGUAG